CGGCGGGGCUGACGUGUAGCGGCGAGGCGGCGAUGGCGGCCGCCUGGGAGGAGAUUCGGCGCCUGGCGGCCGAUUUCCAGCGGGCGCAGUUUGCCGAGGUGGCCCACAGAUUGUCAGAGCGGAACUGUAUAGAAAUUGUCACAAAACUGAUUGCAGAAAAGCAGUUGGAAGUAGUGCACACACUUGAUGGAAAAGAAUAUGUCACUCCAGCACAGAUUAGUAGGGAGAUCCGGGAUGAGCUUCACGUUAGUGGUGGUCGAGUAAACAUUGUUGACUUGCAACAGGUAAUAAAUGUGGACCUUCUGCACAUUGAAAACAGAGCUAACGACAUCGUUAAAUCUGAAAAAACUAUUCAGCUUGUACUGGGACAGCUUAUAAAUGAGAGUUACCUGGAUCAAUUAGCAGAAGAAAUAAAUGAUAAACUACAGGAAACUGGCCAGGUGACAAUAUCAGAACUCUGCAAGGCCUACGACCUCCCGGGAGAGUUCCUGAUACAGGCUUUAUCCAGGCGUUUGGGUAGAAUUAUUCAUGGACAACUAGACCAGGAAAACCGUGGGGUGAUUUUUACAGAAGCCUUUGUGUCCCGGCAUCGAGCACGCAUUCGUGGUCUCUUCACUGCGAUUACUCGGCCUACACCUGUAAGUAACUUGAUCACUCGGUAUGGAUUUCAAGAACAUUUACUUUACUCUGUGCUAGAAGAACUUGUUAACACCGGUCGUCUAAAAGGCACUGUGGUUGGUGGGAGACAGGAUAAGGCUGUGUUUGUUCCAGACAUCUAUGCCAGAACGCAGAGCAACUGGGUGGAUUCGUUUUUCAAGCAGAAUGGUUACUUAGAAUUUGAUGCAUUGUACAGACUUGGCAUCCCUGACCCAGCAGGCUACAUUAAAAAAAGAUACAAGUCCACACAGCUCUUAUUUCUGAGAGCAGCUUGUGUUGGUCAAGAAAUUGUGGAUCAAGUUGAAGCCUCUGUAGAGGAAGCCAUCAGCUCUGGAAACUGGAUAGAUGUAGCAACUCUGCUGCCCAGUUCUUUGUCAGUAGAAGAUGUUGGGAUUUUGCUUCAGCAAGUGAUGAGAUCUUUAAACAAAAAUUCUUCAGGCUUAGUCUUCAGUGACACGAUUGUGGUCAGUGAGAAAUUUCUAAGCAGCUGUGCUGAUCUGUUUUCUGAUAUGAUGCAACAGAAAGCUGAAAAGGAAAUGAAAAAUAGCCCUGUUAAUUUAAUCACUGAAGAAGAUUUAAAACAGGCUUCUGGUUUAGAGAAUUCCUUUGCUAAUAAAAAAGACAAAAAGGAUGAAAGAAGAAAGAAAGCAACAGAGGGCAGUGGAAGCACAAGAGGAGGAGGAGGAGGUGGUAAUGCGAGAGAGAUCAAGAUUAAGAAGACCAAGAAGAAAGGAAGAAAGGAUGCUGACAGUGAUGAAGAGUCACAAGCAACUAGCACAGGUAGGAAUAAGCAGCCGGAGUUCCCUUUCAUGUCACAAGAGGAAAUUCAGGAUGUUUUAAAGACCCGCAUGCAGGAUUGCCCCGAAGAGCUUAUUACAGAACUUGCUGAACAUCUAAUAAGACCUUUAACAAAAACUUACCAGGAAGUUGUGCGUUCUGUUUUUACGUCUUCAACAUCUUCCUCUGGAGCUAGCAGAAGACAGACUAUGAAGGACUUGCAGGAGGAAUUCUCAAACUUGUACAACAACAUUCGGUUAUUUGAAAAGGGAGCAAAGCAUUUCACAGAUGAGACUCAGACUAACCUUGCCAAACACCUGUUGAAGACUGUCUGUACAGACAUUACAAAUCUUAUUUUCAACUUCCUAGCAUCUGAUUCAAUGAUGACAACCGAAAAUUAUUCUACAAUCACAAAUGAGGUCCGGACCAAGAUUUUAGGUAAAUUGCCAGAAGACACCAAAGGUCCUUUAGCUAAACUUCAUGCUUCCCUGAAUGGCAAGAGCGUAGAAGAUUUUCUUUCAUGCCUUGAUUCUGCAGUGGAUAUUUGUGGUAUUAUGGUGAAAAAAGGAGACAAAAAGAAGGAAAGGCAAGUCCUAUUUCAGCAUAGACAAGCUCUGAUUGAACAGCUAAAAGUCACUGAAGAUCCAGCUCUUGUACUGCACCUGACAUCAGUACUGUUAUUUCAGUUUUCAACCCACUGUAUGCUUCAUGCGCCAGGAAGAUCAGUACCACAGAUCAUUAAUUUCCUAAGUGGCAAGAUCCCGGAGGAUCAGCAUUCUCUGUUAGUCAAAUACCAGGGAUUAGUAGUGAAACAAUUGAUCAGCCAGACUAAGAAAACUGAACAUGGAGACAGUGACACAACAGAUAAACUGGAAGAGGAGGAAGGAGCAGAUACCAUUCGAAAAGAGCUCCAGGAAAUCACUAACUCUGUCAAAGAUCUUGUUCUCAGACCUAGGAAAUCUUCUGUAACAGAGGAAUAAAAUUAUUAUUCAGUGCGUCCACAUCCAUGAUACAGUCAGAUUUAUUUUUUUUUUUUAUCCUGAAGGGAAGCAUAGCAGAAAAUGCUUGACAAACUUUAAAAUUUGGCUUCUAACAAUUGCAAGUCACAGCCAGGGAACACAGUUGUUGGUUGAUGGUGGCAAACAGAGUUUUGUUAUGUACUACUACAGGGUAUGUGUAACACACAGUAAAUGUAGAUGUGACAGCACAGUUUUGGACACUUUGGGUAUGAAAUUAGUGUUUUUUAAUUGGCAUCUUCAUGUGAGGCCUCAAGAAAUGGUUAUUCUUCAAAUAACAGUGUAUUCUGUUCCAUACACACAGGCUUAUAGUUUUACUUCUCUGAUUUGGAUUUAUAGUGAUCUAAGGAUUGCAUAUAAGUGUAUAUAAGCCUGUAUAUCUUAAUUUCAAAUACUAGUUUUGAAACAUAUACUGAUACCUAAUAGAAUAGCAAUGAAAGGCCAUCUUUACUUUUUUAUAUCAUUAGUGGAUGUUUUCAGCUUCUGUUCACUGGACCACAGCAGUAAAAACAUUGAGUACAAGUGGAUAUUGCUAAACUUAAGAGAAGUGACCCAGUACUAAUGUGAGUUUCUAAAUGUAGUGAAAGCUUAUGAAAAUCAGCACACUCAUGCUAUUAAUGUAUUCUGUUAAUGUCCAUAAUAGCUGUUCAUUUAAAGCUUGUAAUUCAGACAGAGGAGGUGAUACCCUUUUGCACUGGUAUUUUGGGAAUGGAUAAAUACUUCUACGCCUGCCAUAUUUUACAUGCUAUAUGUUCAUUCAGUGGACUCGUGGAGUUCUUAGUCCAUUUCCCAUAGCAGUUAGAAGCACUUGCUUGCAUUUUGUCAGCUCAUUAAAGAACUUGUGGUAUUCUGUUUAUUCUGAGCUUCUUGAAAAGAUUUUAGUUGAUGAUCUUUCUACAUAAACUUUAUAGACUGAAGUAUUGGCUAAAGUGUUUCCUUCAAGUUUUUUACCACCCUUAUUUUUACAUGAGUGGUACUUUAUGUCUUCAGGAAAGUGGAAGAAUGUGUAAAAUGGAGUUCUGCCACUAUUAAUGACAUAAUUCUUGUAUGUCAAAUAUACUUCUAACUUAUUUUUAAGAGAAGAUAAUUUUCAAACUGGAAAUACUUUAGUUGUGUUACUUCAGUAAUGCGCAUUGUUUUCUUGUGUGUAAUUUCAGGUUUUUGCAUAAAAUCAAGUUUGAGUAGUAAGACAAGGAAGAGUUCUUUUCACUAAACCUGUCAUUCACCCAUUCUUGCCAAAAUUCUUUCAUGCUGAAAGCAAGCAAAUUCUGUGCCAGCCCUACGCUGUUCAAGUAUAUCUGGUUUCAAACAGUUCACGUAUUCUAUAAGCUUAAUCAUAAAUAUACCCAACCCUGAAAUUGCAACAAAUGACAGUUGAAGAGACCAAGUACAGAAGCUCAGUAACAGAUUAACCAAGGUUAAUUUUGAUAAGGUAAAAAAUUGAAUAUUAUACCUAUAUAAAAGUCAGUAAUGUUUAACAAUGUUCACAUCAGUGCUGAUCUUUUACCAACUGUAAGGCAAAACAGUUUGCUAGUUGUAACGCAGAAGCAAAGGUAGUUGUUUUUCUUUCCUUGGCUGGAGGCUAUCAGAGCUGAUAAUACAGGACAAUGAGGAGUAAGAAAUUAAAAAUAUUCAGGCUGUUUAAUUUUGUUUAAGAAAUAGAGUUUGCAUACAGGAAAUAGGUUUGAUUUCUUGUUAUUUAGCCAGAAUAAUUAUUAAGUUCCUAUACUGAAUGUAAACAAUUUUAUAUGACAUUGAGCUAUUUUGUAAAUAAUAUGCCAUAUGACAUUCUGUAUGCAAAUUUGAAAUUAUUUUAAUAACAUUAAAUGAUGGAGUAUUUAAAAUGCAUUCUGCUGAUUUAACCAAUGGUUGAUCAUCUUGCAACUUGCAGCUUUCAAACAGCAAUUGGUAAUAUGCACCAUUUGAUUUAACAUGCCAUUCUGAGCGUCCCUGUAAUUUUGUUUGAUACUGUUUCAUGCUGGAAUAGUAAUGAACUUAUUAUAAAAUUUA